UUUCCGUCUCUCUCUCUCUCUCUCUCUCUCUCUCUCUCUCUCUCUCACCCUAUUUGAUAAGGUUUCCAUGUCCUUAUAGCUCCGAUAUAUCACAUGCAUCCGUGUCUUCGAGCUACAUACGUUGAAGUCUUAGCUUUCUUCCUUGUUGGGUCUCUCCUUUUUCUUUCCUUGGUGGGUUUUUGGGCGACGAACGGUGCAGAUUUCACCUCCCGGGAUUUUUUUUGAGCUGUACUCAUGUCAAAGCUCUUUCAUUUUAGUGGAACUGAUGAUUUUUGCCCUAGGGGUUCGAUCUACCCAAACCCCAAGGAAUCUAGUCUCCUUUUGUCCCUUGGACGUCAUGUGGAUGUUUAUUUUCCCUCUCGCAAGAGGUCCCGCGUUAGUGCUCCUUUUGUUUUUUCUGGAGAGAGAUUUGAGCAGAAGAAGCCAUCAAUCGAGCUUCUCCCUGAUGAAUGCUUAUUCGAAAUCUUCAGACGGUUACCUGGAGGCAAAGAGAGGAGUGCCUGCGCUUGUGUUUCCAAGCGCUGGCUUACACUUGUUAGCAACAUUCGCAUAGAUGAAAUCAGUGACAACAAGACCACUGAAGCCUUGAAUAUCAAGGGUGUUGAUUCCGAGAUUGAAGAUCAGGAUGUUGAGGGCGGUGGAUAUCUCUCUAGGAGUUUGGAAGGGAAGAAAGCAACAGAUGUUAGACUUGCUGCUGUUGCUGUUGGAACUGCUACCCGUGGGGGAUUGGGCAAGCUCUUCAUUCGAGGAAACAAUUCCAGUCGUGGGGUGACCACUGUUGGUCUUAGGGCCAUUUCACGUGGAUGUCCUUCUCUAAGAGUUCUUUCCUUGUGGAAUUUGUCUUCUGUUGGAGAUGAAGGUCUGCGUGAGAUUGCUGAUGGGUGUCACCAGCUACAGAAGUUCGACCUUUGCCACUGUCCUGCCAUCACUAAUGAGUCUUUGCUAGCCAUUGCAAAGGGCUGCCCUGAUUUGACUGAUCUGACCAUUGAAGGUUGUGCAAACAUUGGUAAUGAAGGUAUCCAGGCUAUAGCACGAUGCUGUCCAAAUCUAAAGUCUCUUUCAAUCAAAGAUUGCCCCCAUGUUGGAGAUCUAGGAAUUGCAAGCCUGUUGACAUCAGUUUCAUUUUCCCUCACAAAAGUAAAGCUUCAGGCCUUGAACAUCAGUGAUGUCUCUCUUGCCGUUAUUGGACACUAUGGCAAGGCAAUGACUGACCUUUAUCUCGCUGGCCUUCCAAAUGUGAGUGAGAAGGGCUUCUGGGUAAUGGGUAAUGGUCAUGGGUUACAAAAAUUGAAGUCUUUCACUGUUAAAGCCUGCCUUGGAGUGACAGAUCUCGGACUUGAAGCUGUUGGAAAGGGUUGCCCAAAUUUGAAGCAGUUCUGCCUCAGCAAAUGUGCUCUCUUGUCUGAUAAUGGGUUGGUGUCUUUUGCCAAAUCAGCUGGUUCACUAGAGAGCUUGGAAUUGGAGGAGUGCCACAGGGUCACCCAUUUUGGGUUUUUUGGUUCCCUUCUGAACUGUGGUCCAAAAUUCAAGGCUAUUUCUAUUGUGAACUGCUUGGGUAUUAGGGACCUAAACUUGCGAUUGCCUUUAUCCCAUGGUGAAUCACUUCGAUCCCUGUCCAUCCGUAACUGCCCUGGUUUUGGUGAUGCUAACUUGGCUGCAUUGGGGAAGUUGUGCCCUCAACUGCAAAAUGUGGAUUUGUCUGGGCUUCAUGGGGUAACAGAUGCUGGGUUUCUCUCAUUGCUCGAGAGUUGCGAGGCUGGUUUGGUGAAGGUUAAUCUCAGUGGUUGUCUCAAUUUGAGUGACAAAGCUGUUUGCAAGAUGGCUGAUUCACAUGGGUGGACACUAGAGAUGCUUAAUAUCGAUUGUUGUUGUAAGAUCAGUGAUGUCAGCUUGAUUGCAGUUGCAGAGAACUGUCAGUUGAUCAGUGAGCUAGAUGUCUCCAAGUGCGCAAUCACCGACUCGGGAAUCACAGCCCUUGCACGUUCUAGUAUGAUAAAUCUGCAGAUCCUAUCCGUCGCCGGUUGCACUAUGAUCUCAGACAAAAGCCUGCCAUCAAUUGCAAAAUUGGGUCAGAACCUCUUGGGGUUAAAUCUGCAGCAAUGCAAGGGGAUCAGCAGUGGUGCAAUCGACCUGCUUGUGGAACAGCUAUGGAGGUGUGAUAUCCUUUUCUGAACAAAUAUCGAAGUAUGAGAUUAUCAAAAACUUGGGAAGAAGCUCGAAUAUAGUCUUUGUGAAUAGCCAGAAGUUUUCGUAGUUUUUGGGUCCAUCAGCUAUGGGCCUUCUGUAGUCCGGAGCUCAGUCGCGCAGUCCCGUUUUCCAGGGAAUUCGGCCAUUCUCCUUGACUUUUUUUGCAGGUUUCAUUUCAUCAGAGGCCUGUUACCAUGUUUUGCAUCCCAAUAAUGGGUGUUGGUUUCUUCAUGGCCGAACUUCCCUGAGAAUAUAUUUGCUGCUGGGUUCUGGAUCUUAGGGUAUCGUCUCUUAAUGUUAAAAGGUUUCUGGCGCAUGGAUUUUUGCUUAGCUUUGCUCGUUUUUUCUUGGGCUAAGCUUGUCGUACUGUUAUGGUCCGGGUCUUACUUGAUGGUUGGGUCCUUUUGUUUUCUUCAAUGGCGGAUCGAAAACCUCGAGUCAUCUAGUUUUAUGGUUUGCUUUCGGCGGUUCAGAGUAAGUUUGGUGUAUAAGCUUUCAUGGGCUUUGGCCAUGGCAGCCAGUUUAUAUAGUCUGCCAUGACAACUCUUGGAGUUGUUUUUUACUUGUUUUUACCAAGCCCUACUUUUGCUGGUU